AUGUUUGUGAUCGGCCACAAUCAGCUGAGGAAAUUCAGAUGGCUGGGCUACUUCAGUCCGACCAUCACCAUCCUCUUCCUCAGCCUGCUGGUGUGGAUGUACAGGUCCAGCAUGACCUUCCAGUUUUUCUCCCAGGACUACCAAGUGGAGCCAACACCACCAGGACCAACGGAGACACUUUUCACUCGUGCAGCUCCUCAGGAACUAAACGUGUCUGUUGUGGCGGUCGAAGGGACGAAGACCCUGCUGUUGGGAGCUUUUCUGGAGCACCGCACUUAUAAGAAAAAGGUCCGUGUCAAUGCAGUGGUGCUGAGGAAAGAGAGAGUAACCUAUCGCUGCCUCCUCCGUUGCCAAGGGCAACUGCAUACCUCUGGCAGUUUCUGCAGCAUCCACAAUGAUCACUUUGGUUUUCCGUACGGGACGGCUGACAUCCUCUGUCACCUCCCCUCAGGCUGUCAGAGCCCAUCUCACGUCGCUGUGACCCCAGCCGCAGCCAAAUCUAAAGGUGCACCUGAUGAAGACUUUUUGGAGGUGAAGAACCAGAAGAAGCGGAGUGACUCCUUUCCUUACAACUUCACCGUCUGCUUCUCCACCAUGUAUAAUUUCACCAACGUGCUGCAGCUGGUUCAGAGUUUGGAGAUGCUGCAGCUACUGGGGGUUAACCGAGUCGUCAUCUAUAAGACCAGCACCAGCCCUGAAACUCAGCGCAUACUGGACUACUACACACAGAAAGGUUUUGUAGAGGUGCUGGCUUGGUCUGCUCUGUCCAGAUUUCUGAAUGUGUCUCGAGUCUCGAAGCCGUCACGCGGUCCAGGCGACCUCCACUACUUUGGCCAGAUUCCUGCUCUCAAUGACUGUGUUUACAGAUACAUGUACCAGUCCAGAUACGUCGCCCUGCACGAUACGGACGAGCUCAUAGUGCCUCAGUCAGUCUACAGUUGGUCGGAGCUGUUGCCUCUGCUGGAAAAGAAAUAUGGCGUGGACAAGUGUUACCUGUUUGACAAUACCGUGUUCCGCAGCACCAUCACGCUGCCUCCUCCCACCAACCAAACUCUGCUCCCGCCCAGCUGCUGCCCCGGCUGGCAGAAGGUGUCCGGGGUGAACAUCCUGGCUCACCUGUACCGUGAACCAGUCAGAAAGACACACUCAAACCCCAAGGUCAUUGUCAACCCCAGAGCUGUGUUCUCCAUGAGCGUUCACACAGCGCUGAAAUCACAGAGGGGCUGCGCCCUGGUCAAUGGGACAAUAGCACUGAUGUACCACACCAGACCUCCGCAACAAUCCGAGCUGACACUGGACCAGCUGAUUUAUGACGACCGACUGCUGAACUACAGCUCCCUCCUCAUACCAAAUGUCAACACUGUGAUCAGAGAGAACGGACUUCUACCAGAGGAGAGCGUACAGGACCCUCUGUUUGCAUCUGUGUAUGUGCAAGUGUGUAUGUUCGUGAUUUUGUGUUUGUGUGUGUGUACAUGUGUGUAUUUGUGUGUUUGUGUGAGAGAAAAAGGGAGACUAUUUGUGCCCUAAAACCAGCUCCUUCUUAUUCUGAAGUCGUUAACUGCCGCUCGGUCAGUAGUUUCAGCCUCAGACACCAACACCAAAAGCUGCCGGCCGGCUGGAUGGACAGACGGACAGUGUGUGUACAGAGUGGCUGGACAGCAGCAGCCAUUCAACACUUACCUCAGACACUCUUCUGAUUUGUCAAUUUGAUUUCACCGCAAGCAUUUUGGAGGUGUCU